AUGGCUGCUCCUCCGACCGAUGUCAAGCAGGCACCCGUUACUCAGCACGCGGACUCGGGAUCCUCCCAAAUCUCGAACAAGGAGCGACCGUUGCACGGCUCCUACGAAGACCACCCCUUCAGCGACCGUGUGACCGCGCAGUAUUGGCGGGGAGUCUACGAGAAGGCUGAAUAUGAGGGGCUCCAUCGCUUCGAUCCGGACUACACAUGGACAGCGGAAGAAGAGAAGAAGCUUGUUCGCAAGCUCGAUUUCAGAAUCACGUUGUGGGCAUGGAUGAUGUUUGUGUCACUGGAUCUGAAUCGCAAGAACAUCAACCGAGCGAUAUCUGAUAACAUGCUCAAGGAGCUUGGCAUGAACACCAACGAUUUCAACUAUGGACAGACCAUCUUUCUCGCAAUGUUUCUGUUCGCCGAGUUACCUAGCGGACUAAUUAGCAAGAAGCUUGGAGCCGACCGGUGGAUUCCGACCAUCAUAUGUGCGUGGUCAAUAGUCAGCGCAUGUCAAUGUGCUAUCACGACCAAGUCGCAAUAUUUUGCUAUUCGUGCGCUUUUGGGUCUGUUGAUGGGAGGAUUCAUUCCCGAUAUUGUGUUAUGGCUUACAUACUUCUUCAAGUCCAAUGAGCUGCCCACCCGUCUGGCGUGGUUCUGGACGGCGCUGAGCUUCUGCAACAUCGCCGGGUCGCUGUUGGCUGCUGGAGUCCUGCAAAUGCGUGGUCUAAAUGGCUGGAGUGGAUGGCAAUACCUAUUCCUGAUUGAGGGUCUUCUGACUUUUGUUAUCGGCGUAUUCUCCUACGUUCUCAUGCCAGCUGGAGCAACUCAGACAAAGAACUGGUUCCGCGGCAAGAACGGAUGGUUCAGCGAUCACGAAGAGUACAUCCUUGUCAACCGUGUCCUACGUGAUGACCCAUCCAAGGGUGACAUGAACAACCGGACUGGCGUGAGCCCAAGGCUCCUGUGGAAGACCAUCACGGACUGGGAGCAGUGGCCGCUCUAUAUCAUUGGUCUCAUGGCGUAUAUUCCACCUGCACCUCCAUCCACUUACCUUUCCUAUAUCUUGCGCCAGCUGGGGUUCAGCACUUUCGAGGCCAACAUGCUGUUGAUUCCAUCGCAAUUUCUCUUCGCCGUCCAAUUACUCAUUCUCACAUGGGUGUCGAAGAAGCUCAAAGAGCGGGCCAUCGUAUCGAGUAUGAGCAACUUCUGGAUCUUUCCCUGGCUUGUUGCUUUAGUCACACUUCCCGCCGGCUCUAAUCCCUGGGUUCGAUACGCCCUCCUUACCGGGCUGCUCUCCUAUCCGUACUGCCACGCAAUAUUGGUCGGCUGGAAUGCUGCAAACUCCAACGCAGUGCGAACGCGCGCCGUCUCUGCAGCAUUCUACAACAUGUUUGUGCAAUCUGGAAACAUCAUCGCAUCCAACAUCUACCGCGAGGACGAUCAGCCGCUCUACCGCCGUGGCAACAAAAUCUUGCUCGCUAUUUGCUGCGUUAACAUUGCGUUGUUCUUCUUUGUCAAGGCGUUCUACAUCUGGCGCAACAAGGUCAGGGACAGGCAGUGGAACGCGAUGACCAAGGAAGAGCAGGACGACUACAUUGUCAGUACGAAAGAUGAGGGUAUGAAGAGGCUGGACUUUAGGUUCGUGCAUUGA